AUGUUUCUACCACUUGUCCUAAUAGCGUGUUUAUGGACGACAAUAAAUGGUGCUGUGCAGCUCGGAAUGCAGAGUUCAUGGCAGUUGUUCUAUAAAGGUGGUCGUGUGUCAGGCACGCGACACUCUUACCCCCCUACCACCGGUUUAUCUGGCAAUUCAAAACCACCCACAAUUGGAAACACUCACCACCACGGAUAUAGAACAAACGUUUAUCACAAAGAAGUACACCACUACCAUUAUAGUCCACCACAACAAAUACAUUACGGAUCAACGUACCACCCGGUUUACCAUGGAUCCCCACCGGUUUAUAUUUACGAGUACAGGAAUUCUGGAAGUCGAUUCGAUACCUUACUAACCGGAUUAGCCCUGUACAAUUUGGGGAGGAUGUCUGGAAGUCACAGGAAUCAUCAGGAUUAUAUUUCAACGCCAGGAGAGAUCUGUAAACUUCGUAUCGAACGACCGAACGGUGAAUACGAGGAAACCCGCGUCGAUUGUAGAGUGAUGUCCUCUUUUAUAUUGGAGUCUGAUAACACGCAAACUGUGGCCAAAACUGUAACGGUGGAUACAAGCAUAACCAAUAAUAGUGGCGAAACUGUUCGAAACACAACUGUGAUAAACGCUAUUGAUGUUAAAGGGCCGUCUAUACAUGUCACUCAAGGAAUGAAUUGUUUUAUGAUUCACAUUAGGGCUUCAAUGAAACAGCAGAGGAAAGUUGAUUGUGCUCUAUUACAGGAGUACGCAAAGCAAUCUUUACGAGCGAGUUCAUUUAGAUCUUUGGGGAGUGGAAAAAUUGUAUCAUUCCUCUUAUUUUCAUUAAUAAGCGUGAGAAUAUUUAUACUUAAGUUAAACUUCAAUUAA